AAGUAUUAUCUUCUUCAUCCUUGGGCAUCCUCUUCUGAUAGGGUUUUGACGAGGGACAAAACAGUGACGUUUGAAGGGGAGUAAGGGGCGGGGGAGCGGAUUGAGAUGGGAUCAAGGGUCGCGUGUGAGGUUCAUAGAGCCGAAGUUGCCGGUGGCGUGUUCGAUUGUCUGGAGGAGCAUGGUGACGAGUUUCCCGGAAGGGGAGGUCGGGUUGGUUGGAUUUUCAGUGAUGAUGAAGUCCACGCAAAUUUUCAUUACUUAGACACUCAACCAUUCGACGUUGAUGGGGUGAAGGACAAUGAGUGCGAUGACAAGGAGUGGCUAUACUUCGAAGAUACUGUGCCUUUCGACGAAGAUGAAAUUUUGGAUAUCGAGGUAGUGGUACUUGCCGAGGAAAGUCAGGUAUUUGAUGGCGAUGACGACAUUUUGGAAAACGAAGUGAUGAACCUCGCUAGUGAAACUCAGACGUUGGGUGAUGGUGAGACGCAAUUGUUGGACGAAGUGUGUGAAUAUGAUAGAACGCAAGUUUUGGAGAAUGUCGAUGAUGAUGAGCUUUCUGUUAACAGUGACAAUGGUGAAGUGGAUAGCAGAAAGGGUAAAUCGUGGCAGCAAAACCGUUCUGAUCAUUUUGAAGCAAAGCCAAAAGCAAAUAUUGUCACUUUCUCCCAUACGGACAUCGUCGUUGAUUUCACACUCACUGUCGUUCCCAUCCAAAUAUUUGUUGAAGGUGUCAUGCUCUUCGCAAUUGAAGUCCUUGGCAGGUGAAUGAGCAUCACGCGCCCCCAAAUUUCUUUCAUUUAAAAAUUACAAACCUCUCAUGCGGAAUUAAUAAUUUGGUCAACAUACCACGUCA